GUCUCUGGCGGGAGGGGGCGGUGUCAGCAGGCGGCAGCGGCGUCCCCUGGAGCUGGUCCCGGGUUCCUCCCGGGCGGUGUGGGGUAGCGGCGGCGGCGGCGUGGCCUGCGGGGCGGCUGGGACACAUGGGGGACGCGCUGGACGAGCCUUGGUGGGAGCCGCAGCCCGGAACACACAGUAGCAGCGACAGCAGUAACCCAGACAGGCAUAAACCUUUCCCUGGACAACAUCUUAUUCUGGAAAAUCAUGCUCCUUCUGAUGAUGAAGAAAUGGAAAAAUCAACCAACACAAGUAAACCAGUACAGCCUGACUCAGACUCCGGGUCCAAACCUGCUACAGCAAAGAAAAGAAAACAGCCUGCGGAAUGUUUUCUAACUCGUCCUGAGGAAAAAGAAGAACACACUGUGAAGGUGAAAAGGAGAAGGAAGAAGAAAAUUUCUGAUAUUCUUGCAAAAUCAUCUCCAAAACCAGGUGUCCCUGAAGACCUACAAAAGCUACUUAAUCAACACUUUGGUACUAAACGUUCAGUGAUUGAACUAGAAGAGUUAAAACUGCCAGAUUCCUGUUUCCUGCCAUCCAAUGACCUCACCCACAGUUUUUCUUCAUACCUGAAGGAAAUCUGUCCCAAAUGGGCAAAACUUCGUAAAAACCACAAGGAGAAGUCAUCUGUGCUGAUGCUAAUUAUCUGCAGUUCUGCUCUCCGUUGUUUGGAGCUCAUUAAGUCAAUGACGGCAUUCAAAGGAGACUGCAAAGUUAUUAAAUUGUUUGCAAAACACAAAAAGAUAAAAGAACAGAUGAACAUGCUGGAGAAUGGUGUCAUCCACCUGGGUGUAGGAACACCUGGAAGAAUAAAAGCUCUAGUAAAACAAGAUGGCCUUAGCUUGAACUCCUUGAAGUAUCUGGUUUUGGAUUGGAACUGGAGAGAUCAGAAGUUAAGGAGAAUGAUUGAUAUCCCUGAGAUAAGAAGAGAAGCAAUUGACCUUCUGGAAAUGGGAAUUAUAAAGCUGUGCAGAGAGAAUUCUGUGAAGCUGGGACUCUUUUAAUGGUGUAACUAACACGAAUGCAAUUUACAGCUGUAUUUCACUUCUCAUUGUCUGUAGUAGGCAACUGUUCAGUGGCUGACUGGACUCAGUUCUUCCGUUUCUGAGAUGCUUAGCAGAAAUGCAUAUUACAAUGUUUGUCAGCUUCUGGCCCUCUUAUAAUAAAGCAAAGUUUGCAUGUAGA